AUGUUGAUUGCUCGUGCAAGCUGGACGGAAUCUGUCAACGUUGGUGUAGGAGUCGACGCAGCCAACUUGGACUUCUCAAAGACAUUCGACAGUAUAGACCAUUGCAUUCUCCUACACAAACUCCAGAAAUAUGGAAUCGGCGAUCCUGUCCUGGGUUGGAUAGACAACUUUCUCGUGCAACGUCACUUGAAUGUGAGGGUUAGAAGCAACCUGUCGGAAUCCAUCGAAGUUCAGUGCGGCGUACCUCAAGGCUCGGUACUUGGACCCCGCCUGUUCCUGGUUUUUAUAAAUGAUCUAGCGAGCGUGCUACCUUCUAACUGUUUGCUAUUCGCUGACAACCUAAAGGUAUGGCGUACUAUAGCUGCAGUGAAGGAUCACAUUGUGUUACAGGAGGACCUGGACAAAGCGUACACAUGGUCCAGCGAGAAGUUGCUUCACUUCAACGUCACCAAUUCUAAAGUUCUCAGUAUACGGCACAAGAGUAUGCACAAGUACCGCUUAGGACCACAAAUUCUACAGCGGGCUUCUCUCGAGUGCGAUCUCGACGUGAUAGUUCAAGAUGACCUCGGUUGUUUGAUGCAGACUGAAAAGGCUACUAAGAAUGCAAACCAGUACCUCGACCUUCUUCGCAGAGCUUUCGAGAAGUUUGACCCUUGGAACUUUCCAAAAAUGCUUAGUGCAUAA